AGCUUCUUGACUCUUGUAGCACCCACCCCUCGAAAAAGGAAGCAGCAUCACUCUCCGCCGCGCCGCGAGACCUAGCCGAGCCCAUCGUGUAUCCUCGUCGCCGCCAGGAGCACGGAGCGACACCGCCGCCGCAGCCAGCGCUUCCUCUCCAAGGUUAGCAUCUGACCAGCCAUGGCGAAGCAUCAUCCUGAUCUCAUCAUGUGCCGGAAGCAGCCUGGCAUUGCUAUUGGUCGCCUGUGUGAGAAGUGUGAUGGCAAGUGCGUCAUCUGUGACUCGUACGUGCGCCCAUGUACGCUUGUCCGGGUCUGCGACGAGUGCAACUACGGCUCGUUCCAGGGAAGGUGCGUCAUCUGCGGCGGAGUUGGCAUCUCAGACGCCUACUACUGCAAAGAGUGCACGCAGCAGGAGAAGGACCGAGAUGGGUGCCCCAAGAUUGUCAACCUUGGAAGCGCCAAGACCGAUCUCUUCUACGAGCGCAAGAAGUACGGUUUUAAGAAGAGAUGAAUUACAUACAUGGAUUUGUCGGGUCCUCCGGGCCUCUCAUUCUGUGCCGUUACACUAAUACCAGAAGCAGGUUGCUGGGGCAGCGGCAUUGUGUCCGUGUUAUUGUUUGAUCCUUAUAUACAAGAAUGCAUCCCUGAUAUGCUCUGUAAUGACUAGUUCUGUUGUAUGGUUCAAAACUCUAGACUGCAUAUGCAGUAUGCACUUGAUGUGAAUGACCAUGAAUGUUUGACUUGAAA